AGGACGGGGUGGAGCUCACGCGGGAGGAGACCUUCAAGUACCGCUUCAAGAAGGACGGGCGCAAGCAGUUCCUCAUCAUCAACGAGGCCACCAAGGAGGACGCCGGCCGCUACAAGAUCCGCACCAACGGCGGCGAGAGCGAGGCCGACGUCAUCGUGGAAGAGAAGCAGCUGGAGGUGCUGCAGGCCAUGGCGGACCUCACGGUGCAGGCCUCGGAGCAGGCGCGCUUCAGGUGCGAGGUGUCGGACGAGCGCGUCACCGGGCGCUGGUUCAAGAACGGCGUCGAGGUGAAGCCGAGCAAGAGGAUCCACAUCAGCCACAGCGGCAGGAUCCACUCGCUGGUGAUCGAUGACGUGCGGCCCGAGGACGAGGGCGAUUACACCUUCGUGCCCGACGGCUUCGCGCUCACCCUAUCGGCCAAGCUCAACUUCCUGGAGAUCAAGGUGGAAUACGUCCCCAAGCAAGAGCCCCCCAAGAUCCACCUGGACAUGUCCAAGGGUGCGGGCGCCGAGAGCACCGUGGUGGUGGUGGCGGGGAACAAACUGCGCCUCGAGGUGCCCAUCUCGGGGGAGCCCGCGCCCGUCGUCACCUGGAGCAAGGGCGAGGAGGCGUUCACGGCCCGCGAGGGCCGCGUUCACCUGGAGGAGCGCCCGGGGCUCUGCAGCUUCGUCAUCGAGAGCGCGGAGCGGGCGGACGAGGCCACGUACGGGAUCCGGGUGAGCAAUCCGGCGGGAGAGGACACGGCCACCAUCAUCAUCCGCGUCGUGGAUGUCCCCGACCCCCCCGAGAACGUCCGGGUCACGGCCGUGGGUGAGGACUGGGCCUCGCUGAGCUGGGACCCCCCCAAGUACGAUGGGGGGCAGCCGGUGAUCGGUGA